GUACGUACUUCGACUCUUGUUGCAUCGUUCGAUUCUGACGAUUGUUUUUUCUCGAGUAGCUUUGUUAUUUCUUUGCUGAUUCACAUAAUUGUGUUUCAGUUUCAUUUUCUCUAGUAGUGGAGCGGGUCUGAUAUAGUUUAUUUGUGAAUAGUGUCUUGUAGAUAGAACAAAACAUUUUCAAGUUUCGACUGUCUCUUUAUUAAGCGCGUCUCUUUAUACAAUAGCAUAUUGUAUUUAUUCAUACGUUUGCUCGCGCAAUUGAAACCUGACUAUUGAGUUGGUAGAGGGCGCACUGCACUGUGGUACGAGAAGCCCCCACUCCAAAAAGCCAACUGCAAAUAUUCCGCAUAGAGCGUCAUCUGUGAACGACUUGUAAAGCUGUGACAUUACUGGACCGCCAUUGUUAACAUGGAAGACAAGACAAGCUCUGGAAACGCAGCUGCAUCGGACAAUGUGUCCAAUGCGCCUGCGAAAAAGACCGCGAAAUCGAAGGCGAAAUCUGAGCGUCCUAAAUCAUCUCAUCCACCAACUUCAGAGAUGGUAAACGCCGCCAUUAAGGAGCUGAAGGAUCGCAAGGGAUCGUCGCUUCAGGCCAUCAAAAAGUAUAUCGCAUCAACGUACAAGGUUGAUGGCGAAAAACUAGCACCGUUCAUCAAGAGGUACUUGAAAUCAGCUGUUACUACCGGCGCUGUUGUUCAGACGAAAGGAAAGGGCGCUUCGGGUUCGUUCAAGCUCUCUGCGCCUAAAGGUUCAGAGUCCAAAAGUAAACCAAAGCGCGAGGUGAGGAAGACCGAAUCUACGGCUGGAGCGGAAAAGAAGUCUGCUGAGAAGAAGCCUGCCAGCCAGAAGAAAACAGUCGCCGUAAAGAAGCCAGUUGCAGCCAAGAAACCUGCGGUGGUGAAGAAGCCAGCAUCGCCGAAGAAAGUUAAGACUCCCGCUGCGAAGAAAGCAGAGGCAGCAGCAGCUAAACAAAAGGCAGUACAGACGAAAAAUCUGUCCAAAACGAAGAAGGCGUCCAAGGCUCCAGCGGCUAAGACUAGAACGCCAAAGCCUAAGACUUCAAAGUCACCAAAAGCCAAGGCAGCAGCAAAGAAAUAAUUAUUUGACCACAAAUGAAAUACCAUUGGCCCUUAUCAGGGCCACAAACUCUUUAAUGAAGGAAUGUUCUCGAGUUUUUACUCGCAAUGACUAUAUCCCUAUUCCUUUUUAAUAAACUUAAAC